UAGAUUAAUACGUCGAUCAUUCUCCUAUGCCACAACAUCACCUAUUUCCUCCGACAAAUAUCCUUUUCACCUUCUUUCCUUUCAGCAGCCAUCAUGGCCCUGAACCUCCAUUCUGCUGGGUCUAUUCGUGCACCCAGCAUCGACAAUUUCUUUCAGUCAGACGCCGGCUCAGCGUACCAUGUAGUCGUUGGCAGUGACGAUGCUUAUCGUGUGGAAUCCUUAUCUGACGACGAGAUCUCUCCUCCAGAAGAGGAAUAUGACAUUUUUGACCUAGAGCUAGUUACCUCUGUUGGUGCGAAGCAAACCGAAAUUAGUGUCCGUAGACGCAACCCCACACUCACAUCCAGUGGGCGUCCCACUUACAAAGUUGAGAAGAAAACCGUCAGUCAUUUUUUGGGCAAGAAGAACAUGGCCGUCGUUAUCAAUCGCAAUGAGGGUCUAAGCGCGGUCAACAGCAACUCGCGGUCACGAAUGCACCCCAAGGGAUACGCCCCCAUUUUCGAAGCCCACGACGAGAAUACUCGCCAAAUAACGAUGACUGCCACGCCUCAAUGCGUUCUGUCUGGCACUGUCCGAGGUAAUCGCGUCACCAUCUCGCCCUCUUGUGGUUCCUACGACCCCCAAAACUCUAGAACCCAUAAACGCGACGGCACCGCAUACCAUUUCUUUGCUCUCGUUAUCUCAGAUUUGAGCAGCAACCCUCCGGGAGUCGAGAGCAACGACCCAAUGGGGAUACCCAAGCCGUCAUACCCCGGCGGCGGGUACUUUGUGUUCGACGCCAACAGCCAAGGGCGCAAAGAGCUCCUGUGCUCAUUAUACUGCACCAGAUACGACAAACGACACCGCAUACACCCGGAUGACAUCCUUGUUGCUGAACUCCGACUUCCAAACCUUCCCAACCCGGCGUUCUCCUCCUCUUCCUCCAAGCCACCGGUUCCUUCCUGGACGCGUCUCUUUCGCGAGCAUCACGCCUCGCUGCACAUCUCCAAACGCGCCAUCGACGCUUGUUUUUCAGGCGAGGACGUCAGGAUCCUCGCGUCAAAGCCCGUUCCUGGGAAACGCCAUUUCUUCACGCGCGAGCAGGGAUUAGAGAUUAUCGUUUCGGCGAUGACGAUGUCGUUAUUGGCAAUUGAACAUGAUGGGUUGGAGAGUAAGAAGUGGAUGUGGUUGAAUUCGCGAGAGGCGGUGGAACAGCCUGCCGCGCCGAGAAAGGUGGAGGUAGCCGCUGGAGCUGGAGCCGCGCCGGACAGGGUGUCUAUCGCGUCGAGAGACACGCUGAUGUCGACGGAGGAACCAGAGACAGUGAAGACACCUGAAGGUACGGAUUGGGCGGUCAUGACGUACAAUUCUGAAAUCAGCUUGAGGCGAGCAGCCUGGAGUCAGUGCGAGGGAGUCAUCGUUCAUCGAUGACGGAGAGAACAGGGAACAGAUGUACACGGCUAGUUACGCCCCAGAACCGUCAAGAGAGUCGUUUGACAGCCAGGUACGACACCCUGCUCAGGCCGUUCAGCUCGUCGGCUGAGCU